AAUGUAGGAAGGGAGCCCAGAGCUGUGCCAAACCCCCACGGGGGUGUCCGACUCAUCCUGCUUUGCCGGCACCUCCACCGGGAAUAAAGCCACUCGCCCUGCUGCUGGGAAGGCAGAGGUGCUGCGUGCUUGGCAAGUUUUCUAAGUUUGGCUCCCAUCGCUGCAUCCCUGUGGCUCAGCAUCGCUCCCGGCAGGAUGGGGACCAUGGUGCUGGCACUGUGCCUGCUGACUGUGGCUCUCCCAUGCCUGGCCACCGCCGCACUGCGUGUCGGUGCCUUCAACAUCCAGGCAUUCGGUGACACCAAGAUGUCCAACGAGGGAGUGGCAGGCAUCAUUAUCAGCAUCCUGCACCGCUAUGACAUGGUGCUGGUGCAGGAGGUGCGUGAUGCUGACCUCAGCGCCGUCACCCAGCUCAUGGAGCAGCUCAACAGUGUGUCCACAUCCCCGUAUGACUAUGAGAUCAGCGGCCCCCUGGGACGGGAGAACUACAAGGAGAGGUACCUCUUCAUCUACAGGACAGACGUCGUGUCCGUGGUGGACACCUAUCAAUACGAGGACCCCCAGGAUGUCUUCAGCCGGGAGCCGUUCAUCUUAAGGGUCUCAGUGCCCAGCACCAAGGUGGAGGAGUUUGUGCUGGUGCCGCUGCAUUCAGCCCCACGUGAUGCUGUCACCGAGAUCGAUGCACUCUACGAUGUCUACUUGGCCAUUGUCAGCAAGUGGGGGACUGAUAACAUCAUGUUCCUGGGGGACUUCAAUGCCGACUGCUCCUACGUCCAGCCCAGUGACUGGUCAAAAGUCCGCCUGCGCACCAGCGAUGUCUUCAAGUGGCUGCUCCCCGAUGGCACUGACACCACCGUGGGGAGGUCAGACUGUGCCUACGACAGGAUCGUGGUAUGCGGUGCCAAGCUGAAGAGAAGCAUCGUGCCGAAUUCAGCUGCUGUCUACAAUUUCCAGCGUGCUCUCCAGCUGGAGCAGGAGGAGGCCCUGGCAGUCAGCGACCACUACCCAGUUGAGGUGAAGCUGACAGCUUGAGCUCCUCCUGCAGCCACAGACCAUGAUCCAGCUCCAGCCUCUACCACCAAGCCCCGUGAAGUGCUCCAGGCAGCCCCAUCCACCAGCCCAGCGUCCGGUCUGCUCCAAGAAGGGUCACAGCUGGCCACCAGCCAUGCCCAGGCCCCCCCAGCCCACCAGGACCUGAAGCCCAGGGACAGGCCACCAGCCAGGAAGCAGUGACCACAGCCAUGCUGAGGAAUGACACAUCCACGUCUUACAUAAUCAAGAAUUUAUUGAGAAAUCUCAUUUCACAAUUAGCUGUUGGACAGGAGGGAGGAUAUCCAAGGACCGGAGGGCUUAGGCCGCAGCAGCAUCAAGAUGCUCUCCCUGUCCAUUCCUCGGGCAGCGAGCAGGCAGCUCUCCCCGCUCCCAGGAAGGCAGCAGUGGUGUCAGGCACUCUGUGGGGACUAAGGGGAAGGGGCGCUUGAGGUGGCCACAGGAGAAGGCAGCACAUCACCAAUUGCUGACACUGCAGACAGCUUCACUGUGAAAGCAUACAGCUGCUGCAGCGUUUUGGAGGGUCACUUGAGCUCCUUGGACCAGGCCCUGGAGGGCUGGCUCCUCAGCCACUCUUCUUCCUCAGCAUCUCCAUGUACAUGCGAAGUGACUUCUGGAUGGACUCUUUUGAGGUGAAGCUGAUGAAGUGCUGAAUGUCUUCCUCCCGGUGAGAUAUCAGGCGGUCCAGCACCGUCUUCCUCAUCAUGGACUUGGUGAUCUGACGGGCAUGGUCUGCGGAAAGGAGAGUGAGGAUGGGAACAUGCGUGGUCCUCACCCCUGACCAGCUCUCAGCCACUGCCACCAUAUGCAGGUGCUACCGAAAAGGAGGUGCCACACACCAAAGGGCUCUUUAGACCAGCAGGGAAAGGUGUCAGAAAACCCCAUCAGCUGGAAGCUGAAGUGGAUAAAUUAAUGUGCAAUAAAUUGUGAUCUGUA